AUGAAUCGAGAGAACGUUUUCAUCGGCGAGACGGCCGAAAACUACAACGAUAUGCUGAAGAUUUAUUUGGAAGAGGUUUUGCGGAAAGAACUCCAAGUCAACGGAAUCGUUUCAAUUGGAGUCUCGGGCGGAUCGAUGCCGAAAUUGAUAGUGCCAAUCUUGUUGAGCAUGGAGGGUUUGAAUUGGAAGAAGAUUCGGCUGUUUAUGGUCGAUGAAAGGUACGCUUCACUCGAUCAUCCGGAUUCAAAUGCUGGACAAUACAUCAAAUUAUUGCCACCAGCGUUGAAGGAAAAUGUCGUGGCUGUGGAUAUGCUCGACUCGCUCAGCAAAACGGCCAGUCAAUAUGAUGCAAAGUUGCGCAACGAACUGCAGCCAGAAAUGAUCGGAAUUCGAGGUCCCCGGUUCGAUCUUUUGCUUUUGGGAAUGGGACCCGAUGGGCACACGGCUAGUUUGUUUCCUAGCUCAAGGCUCUGGAAACUCCCCGAGAUGACUGUGAUGCACGUCGAGGAUUCCCCAAAGCCACCUUCAAGACGGGUUACUUUGAGCAUCACGGCUAUCAAUAAUGCGAAAAACGUCGCCUUUCUGAUAACAGGCGAAGAAAAGGCGGAUAUUCUCAAGUCCAUUCUCGAUGGUGAACAAAGCUAUCCAGCUGCUCUUGUCAAACCGUUAAGCGGACGGCUCAAAUUUUUCCUCGACAAAGCGGCCGCCUCAAAAUUA